AUGGCCAGGACUGGGACUUCGAGGAGAUCAAGAGGACAGGCAAUCCGCGACGCCAAGCUGAGCCGCAGCGCAGCAAUCGCACAGCUGCAGUUGACCAUCCCUGGCCUAAAUUUUCGGGCCCUUGUCAUCCUUUCAACCAGCAUCGUGACGCCUCUGGGCGUCCACGUCGCCACCUUCGUCUACACUUUCACAUCGUCGGUGGACCAGAUCCGGCAGGUUGAUGACUCGCCGGACGGCGACGGAUCUCCCCUCGGACACACGCUGGAGUCGUGCGCGCUCGUGCCGGCGAUGGUCCAGCAAAUGAAGCGCAGUGCCCCGUUGUUGGACAUUGCACUUGUAUUUGCUGCCAUCUCGGUCCAGGCGACGGUCAAGAUGAACGAUGUGCGCAGGAGGGCGAUCCUGGAGAAGCUCGGGUUGAUCUUGCAAGGCGGUCAAGGCGUCAGGGAGGCCUUCUGCAAAGCUCGUCACGGCGCCAAGAUGGCCAAGAGUCUGGCGCCCCUCAGUCGGGCGAUGACUGGUCUUGUCAUGGCCGAGCCAGACCUUAGCGAGGUCGAGGCUCUCCGCACGGCUGUGCCAGGUGCGCCUGCCAAGGCCAACAUCGACACCCUGUUGCAACUUCAUCUUACCCUCGCCUCAUCCACGCUGACCGGUCUAGAAGAUAAGAUCGACGAGCAAGAGGUCAAGGCGUAUACAUCUCGCUUCAAGGUCAAAUUGAUCCGCAACGAGGACCAGAUCCCGGUGAUCUUCCUUGGAAACGAGAAGACGCCGUCAUUGAAGAUCCUGCGGCUCGUCCUUGCCGUGGUUCUCAGAGGGCUCUUUUACUGCGACCUGGUCGUGCUCGUCCGCUGCGGCUUCCUCGUUCUCUGGCCGCUCGAGGAGUUGAUCCUCCGCCCUUUCUUCGUCUGGAUCGUCCACUUCGCUCGUCGCGGAGCGUACGAUCGCAUCUCGCAGCUGAGGAUGGUGUUCGAUGGAGCGCCUUGGUCGCCGCUGAAGCCGACCCUCCUCGCGCACGUCAACCACGCUCGCGUCUUCGGUGUCUGGGCUCACCCCGACGAAGGCGAGCGCGAUGAGCUCGUCCCGCUCGAUGACAAGGAUGCUUUUGUUGAAGAAUUCGUCAACAUCUGCGUGCAGCCGUGGGUGAUCAACAAAAUGCUCGCCUCGGACGCCCCCGCCAUCAUCGUGCAAAAGGUCGAGUGGGCUCGCCCGGCCGUCGAGACCAUCCUCCGUCGGCUCAAGGAGGCCAAGCUCGUCGACAUCACCGACGAGGAGAUCGGCCUCGUCGACCAACGCCCGUGCACGCUUACCUCGGACCAACUCGCCGCCAUUCGCGUCAAUGGCAUGACGGCGCUGGAGGAGGCCGGCAACUACAUCUACUAG